UUUAAGAGAAUGUACGUUAAAUAUAAGUGUAUUUUGUAUAUAAGUGUAUUUUUUCACUUGGUUAUACUUGUGCCAGUGCAAUAAAGACAAAAUAACUUCUAUUCAAGAUCUGUUCUCUAAAAGCAAGUCUAAACAUCUUAUAUGCUGCUUCUCAGGUGAAUGCAUCUUUUUUUUUAAAGGAUUUUUAGAUAUUUUAACAUAUUUGUAUUUUAAAUAUUAUAUUCAACAUUCUCAGAUAACAUUUGCAGUAUAGCUGCUAAAGAAAAUGUAAAUUGUUUUAAAGGAGUUUAAGAUAUUUAUAUUGGAAAGCAAGCCGAAACAAAAACAAAUAAAUAACUUAUUUUGUUGCAGUGUAUAAUGUGGCGAAGACUACCCUCUCUCACCUUUCUGUUCACUUCAAUACAUCUUUAACUCACAAAACAAACAAUCUCUCUUAUUAAUAAAGCUGCGUAUUUCCAGUUUUCUUCACGAUAAGAAAUGCACAGUGACACAUAUAUUAUGAUUCAAUAAGUCACAAGCCAUCACGUUAUAAUCUAGCUGCAACAAGAAAGUUUAGAGUGCAUCUGGACUGUGAGCUGUGUAAUUCUUCCUCUCCUUAGUCAGGCGUGAACUGCAGUGCUGCUCUCGUGCGUCAUCAUUAGAGUUUAAUGUGAUCUCAUGUUGUGUUAAAUGAGAUCAAACGACUAUUCGACAAUGAAAAUUUUUGUCGAAAUGUUUUAUUGUUUUCAAUCAAAUUUAAUCGGUUCAACCCCAGAGCUGAGUAAAUAUUGAUUUGUAAUAUUUUUUUUACAUUUAACUCAAGCCCCAAACUCUUUGAGCUUCUUUUGUAUGUAAGCACAAAGUCAGGAUUUUCCCCCUCCCAUUUUUUUGCUCUCUGGACAGACGUAUAAACCAGUUGCGAGCAUACAUGUCCGGGCACACUGUCGUGAGGUGUGGCAGUGUUUAAAUUUACUCAUGUUGGCUAUGCCUAGAUCUGUGCCACUGUAUGACAUAUAUUGGAAAUUAUGUAGUUCUGAUUCAAGUAGAUCUUCACUCUGUCAGAAAAUGUUUUUUUAAUGUAAAUCCUGAUGUCAGUUUGUGUGGUCUGUCUUCUGUCAGUGGCUCUCUAACUGUAACUCAUCAUCUGCUCUAUUGCAAUACACAAUGGAAACUUUGUCACGUAGCCAUCGGCCUUUAACCUGCAAUACAGUUCAUAAUUUGAUUAUUAUCUUGGAAAACAAAAGAAGUUUAUGACAGUGAUGAGUAUCAAAGUCUUUUGUCAUUUCAUUUCAUUAUCCGUGUUGCCGUCACACAAUAUUUUGUGCCAUCCGCCCAUGUUGCACAAAACUAUUCUCAUUUGUGGUUUUGUCAACACCAAAAUGACGAUAAUCAUCACACAUCAAAUACCACACACACAGAAACUAAUGCAUGUAUAAAUGAAUAAAUUCUCAUUAAGAUCAAUUAGAUUAAUAGAUGUUCCUUCAGCUCAACUACAAGAGCAUAGCACUAGCAACAGCAAGGUUGGGGGUUCAAUUCCCACGGAACAUAUGUCCUGUUUGCACUGCAAGUAGCUCUGGAUAAAUACAUAACAUGUAUAAAUGUUUUAAUGCAAUACAAGUUUAUUUCUUUGCACAUUUAAAAACAACAGCAGAUGACUGAAGUGGUUCACAGGUAAAUGUUCCUGUAGAUGAGUUGGUUUUGCUGUUUGCUUUGGCAUCAGUACAGUACAGUACAGUAAAGUGCCAUCUAUAGUACCUUUGAUCUGUGGUGACCAGAUAGGAACGUUUGGCCAACGUUCAGCAAAAGCACCCCUCUGGAACACUGACUUACUGACACACUGACUGUUUCGCAAACUCUGGCCGGUCUUAUCUGAAUCUAGAGGGUAAUUCUGUUCUUUCUGUGUGAAACCGCCAGGAUUUCACAUCGGCUGGGAGAGAACAGAGGUGUAUUAUGUAAAAUAGGUGAGGUGUUAACACAUUGUUCUUUACUCUGGCCUACAUAUGCAAACAAUGUGACUGAAAUCCCUCUGCUCAUCUCUUGGAAAACAAGUCUGGGAAAAUUAAUUUGCAAUUUGAAACAUUGGCUGUGUCUCAUUUGGAAGGCUGCGUCCUCCGGAGGUGGCAUUUGUCGGCCGCAUACGUCAUCGAGGCUGUCUCGUUUCAUAAAAGCGAGUAGGACACUUCGAAUGCAACCUUCGAAUGUGACCUUCUUUCACGGGAAUUUGGAGGAUGCAUAAGGUGUAUCCUUCGUGGGCACUCACAACCCACAAUUCUUUGCUUCAACUGAAAUGUCUAAAAAAAAAAUAACGCCAAUUUGCCCGUAAAUAUGAUGUUCAAACGCAAGUAAUGUUAAUUCCCAAGUUGAAGUACCUCAGUAGAUGGGUGCAGAGUAUAUAAUAUGUAUAAUGAUAUUAAUAUAUAAUUAAAAUAAAGUAUUAGACUAAAAGUACACCUGUAAAAUCUAUUUUCUUUUCUCUUUACAUCAUUAUAACUCUCCUAAAAUGUACCUCAUACAUUCCCUUCCAGAGGGAAUUUGUUCCCUUCUCACUCAAAGCGCUCGCGCUUGUUAAAGUGUGGCAUGCUGUCAUAGCAACCACCCAAAUGGCAUGAGCGCACAUCGCCAAGACAAUAAGGCAAUAUACGCUCAUGCCAACCGACAAACAAGACGAGAGAAUGUGUAGCAACGGCAAACAAAGCAAUGCCACUCAUUCCCACACUAAACAAAACCUGAGAAUACAUCGCGAGGCAAACGCCACGUGAUACACGCAACAGGUGACAAAAACAAGACAGGACACCUGUGCGAGAGUUGGGCAACACACAAACGUGAAAUCUCAGACUGAAGUGACUGAACCUCAGCACAACGUGAAGACAGCUCGCGUCCCGGGCGUACAGUGCAAAGCGGUCGCGAGAUACAGACACAAAGACAGACAGAACAUGGAGCAUGAGUGUCCGGAUCCCGACACAGACCAAAACUAAACCAGACAGGGAAGUCAGGAUCCAGACACCAUGCUCCGGACAUGAAACACAAGACAGCUCGCGACCCGGGUGCGUAGCACAAAGCGAGGCGCACCUGUGUUCGCGAGAGACAGACAAACUAUUUACGCGAGUGCCAAGAUGACAAAAGCGCGAUGCAUUCACAUCAGUAAUAGAUAGAAUAUGGAGCAUGAGUGUCCGGAUCCUGACACAGACCGAAACCGAACCAGACAGGGAAGUCAGGAUCCAGACACCAUACUCCGGACAUGAAAUACAAGACAGACCGAAGAGCACAUGGCAGGGAAAAAAACGAAGCCGUGCGCUCACAUGAAGACAGACCACAAAACACAAGACAGACACUGGACGAUGAUGCCACGGACCUGUCAUACAAAAACCCAGGCUUACAGAGUGACAGGACCGUGACACUAUUAGCUCAAAUUGAGGUCAUACCCUGUAAGAUAUGUGGCGACAAAUCUUCUGGGAUUCAUUAUGGUGUUAUUACGUGUGAAGGGUGCAAGGGAUUUUUCCGACGCAGUCAGCAGAACAAUGCCAUGUACUCAUGCUCGCGGCAGAGGAACUGCCUGAUCGACCGAACCAAUCGGAACCGCUGCCAACACUGUCGCCUGCAGAAGUGCCUGGCACUCGGAAUGAGCCGUGAUGCGGUGAAAUUUGGUCGGAUGUCAAAGAAACAGCGAGACAGCCUCUAUGCGGAGGUGCAGCGACACCAGCAGUCUCAGGAGUGCCUGGCAGGUUUGGGCAGCGGUGUGGCAUCACGAGACAACGAGGACACGUGUGAAGACAGUGUGAACAGCCGGCCAUACAGCAGCGGAGGCUCCAGCGACACCCUCAGUGACCUAGAUGACAUCGCCACGCUGCCCGACGGUUUGCUCUUCGACUUGCCGCUCACCCCAGAGGAGGCGGGGGAGUACUGCACUCUAGAGAUGCUCGGGUGCGAGACUGGCAGUACAGGAAGUGGAAGCUCAUCCAUUCAGAGUUCUCCAGGGUCUAGCUUUAUUGAUUUGUCUGAAGCAGGAAGGGUGAAACAUGAGGAUAUGCUGCCUGAAAACAGCCAGCUUCCACACUCUCUUCUGGGGUCCCUAUCUGACAACUGCUCUCUACACGAAAUAGAGCGGAUCACUCAAAAUGUUGUGAAGUCUCAUCUGGAGACGUGUCAAUUCAGCACAGAAGAGCUGAAGAAAGCCAGUUGGAAUGUCUACACAAAUGAUGAAACUCGCAGCUUUCAGCUCAAGUCUGCAGAAUGGAUGUGGCAACAGUGCGCCCUGCACAUCACAAACGCCAUCCAGUAUGUCGUGGAGUUCGCAAAGCGCAUCUCUGGAUUCAUGGACCUGUGCCAGAAUGACCAGAUAAUCCUGCUCAAAACAGGAUGUCUUGAAGUCCUGCUGAUCAGAAUGUGUCGCGCAUACAACUCUUCUAAUAACACUAUGUUUUUUGACGGAAAGUUUGCCAGCCCGCAGCUCUUCAAAGCUCUCGGGUGUGAUGACCUGGUUAAUGCCGUCUUUGAAUUGGCUAAAAGUUUGAGUCGUCUACAGCUAAGCGAAGAGGAAAUGGCUUUAUUCAGCGCUGCAGUUCUACUGGCACCUGAUCGGCCGUGGUUGACGCACUCUCAGCAGGUGCAGAAGCUUCAGGAGAAGGUUUAUGUGGCCCUGCAGCACAGCCUGCGCAUGAACAGAGCAACCACUGAGAAAUUGGACAAGAUGGUGUCCAAACUACCGCAGAUGAAGUCCAUCUGUAACCUGCAUAUUGAUAAGCUGGAUUUCUUCCGCCUGGUGCAUCCAGAAACAGCCUACAGCUUCCCGCCUCUAUACAGGGAAGUGUUCGGCAGUGAGAUCAACUUCCCUGACUCCACCAAUCGUUAGAGAGGAAGAGGGAGAGAGAGAAUGAGUGAGGGAGUGAGAGUAAAGAAGGGGAAAUUAUGAGAGAAUGUAAAAGGUAGUGGAGAGAAUAAAGAGACUAUUGCAUGUAAAAACAGCUUCUGAAACAAAGGCAUUUUAAGGCAAUCCAGGUACAGUCCUUCCCAGUUUAGUGUAGUGUUACAUGUACUGUGUUACAUCACAAUCAUGUAUACAUACACACAACUCAAUAUGGGGCCUGCUUCAAACACUUUCAUAUACACAGAUGCACAGACACACACUGCCAAAGGGGCCAACAUAAAGGGGCCAAUUUACUAAACAGUUGCUACAUUUUUGCUGUAUUUCUGCACAAAAUGUUUGUUUUUGUGCUGUUACCGGAUUUGCAUACAUCCUUUAGUAAAUUGGGUUCUAAAUCAAUGAAAACAGCACUUGCAAAUUAACAAAGCUAUCAGUGGGCGCAAUUUGUUCUUAGUAAAUUCCCCCAAAGACUUUCAGAUUCCAUGCUAUUCUGCAACAUUAUUAUUAUUACCAGAAUUAUUCCUGGAUGUGCUUUUGAGCUGUUUUUAUUUUAUGCAAACACUCCUAAAUGAUUUUUAAGUACAGAUGAUAGCUUGCAAGAGUCCUUUUUUUUUUUUUUUGUCCCAACAUGUCGAUGUUUAAGCAUGCCACAAACCUUUCUGUUCACAAAAAGAUUUGUAAAGGAGGUUUUUUGUAUACAAUGAUUUUAAAAGGAUCAAACUCCCUUCAGCAAAGUCCAUCUACCUUCAGGAGAGCACAACACCUUUUUAAUGAAGUUUAAAAAAUGUCUUUCUCCAUCUUUCUCCCAUCGAAUCACUCUUUAAGCUUUAAUAUCGCUUUUUGGUUCUCCCUUCUCCCCUUGUUUUUUCACCCUCAGACAAAUCAUGAAUGUACCCCUUGAAACAAUAGCACUUAUUUUAAUUUUUGAGACCGAAUGUACAUAAUGCACUUUUGGUCCUGUGUAAUGUUUUCUGUAACUUUAUGACAAUCCACUCAAACAAAAACCUAAUGUGCCCAGAUCACUACAAAUGAAGGGACCAAUGUUACCAACACUCUACCAGUGCUGCGAUAAAGGAAAAGUAUAUAUUAAGUACAAGUUAAGCCGUAUCAAUGGCAUCUUUGGCUAUUUCGAAUCAUCUCUCAGUUUGUAAGCAAGCCACUGUUAGAGCUUAACUUGUAAUUAAUGUGGAAUAUUUCUACAAAACCAACAUAGCUUCAUGACAACACGUAGUAAUUCAUACGAGACGGCGAAAUCAUAAGAUAUCGUACAACUUAGGAAACCUUAAGCGUCAUUCAUUGGUAUAUUUUUUUCUAUGGGAGUAAAAGUAUUUUUGUAUAAGCCAACACCUACAAUUUCUUACGAUUUCGCCAUCUGGCACGAUUAUUACAGCUUGUCAUGUGACCAGGUUGGUAAAACUAUUAAAACGAUCUAGAACUCCCAAGUGUUCUGAACUCGUAUGUGCAAUAGAAGUUAGUACAAUGUGAUUUCUUUUUAAACAUCAGCCUGAUUAUAAGUACCACCAUGCAGUCAUAGCCAAACAUUUGUCAAUGCAUUUUUUUGUUACUAUUAAUAAAAGGAAACACAAUCAUCACUUACACAUUUAUUUAAAUACACUAAUACCUCAUAAUCCGCAGAACAACUUUACUACAUUUAAACAGUUGUAUAGGCUUAAGUUCGCUUUAGAAGACAACUAUGAUAUUAAUGACAUAUUCACCAAUUCAAAAAAUGAAAAUGAGAAAAGAAAUGUACAAAUACCUGAAUGUAGUAUAUUUUUAUAUAAGUUGCUCAUAUACCCUCUCAUUUUCACUUCGUAAACAACUUUUGAAUGCAACAAUGCUUAACGUGACAUAUUUUAUUUCACUUUAACUGCCCAAUAGCACAGAAAUUGCAACAUUAUCAUGUUUUAGGAGUUUGCAAAUUUUUGCAUGACUGUAAAGAAUUGGCGAACGGAACUUCCAGCGCAGUAAUUUCACCGACACAUGCUCUUAUUUGCUCAGGCACAUUUUUACACAGUGUUUGGUGCUGCUCCUUGUUUUUGUUUUUAUUUUUUGUCAUUUUAAUGCAAUGAGAAACCUCAGUCCCACAUCCCCUUUCCUUGUAAAUGCCACUUUAAAAAAGAAAAGAAAUUGAUGUUCAUUUAAUUUAUAUAGACAUUUCUAAAUAAUUAUUUUGAAUAGGAAUGUAUAUAAAAUAGUAUAUUUAGUCAGAAAAGAGGGAACUAGAGAGAAAAACAAGGAAACGUGGAGCUACGGGAAUGUUAAAAGAGCGAACCAGGACUUUUAAAAGCCGUCUCAAGAAUUCUUGGGACUGCAUCGGAAAACCGGACCAGAGAGAUCUACUUUGAACGGACAUCCGCCCACUUUGUUCUGGAUGGACUUUGCAGGCUGCCCUCCAGUAGCGUUCCAGAUGGAAUGCUUACAGGGGAUGGACAGUUAUUCUGAGCCAAGUUGGAUGGGGCACGGAUUUUGACAGCUUUUUCACAAAAAGGCAAAGCAGCUAUGUUUUCUGGGACAUGCACAGAGUUGGGACGGCACUGAUUGUCCCAGCCUGAAUAUGAGAGACCCUUUCUCCUAUAGGAUCAGCUGUUUGGUGACCUUCCCAAUUGGUUUUAAUAGACUGAAAGAAAAUGCGAUACAUUCGGAAUGUCAAAGAUCAGUCCCGGAAGUAGAGGAAACUGAAAUGCCACAUGAAAACCUACGGCUUCAGGGAGCCAUGUUUGUGGUUACAAUAAGCACGAAAGCGGUUUCUGUUGUAUUAUUUUGUAAAUUGUUGAUCACCUCUCCUUUCGUCCAUUUCUGUUUCCCAGAUUUCGUCUUUUCAUUCUCCUUUUCCCUACUCGUGCACCACAGUACGACAAAAAAUAGUUUGACAGAGUUCUCAGCUAUGCCUUUGAGUCAAGGUUCACAAUAUUGUUGAUACAACCAAUACACAACUGGUUAAAGAUUUAAGGUGAUUCUCAAACAAAUGAUCCAUCACAUCCCUGCUGAAGAAAUUAUCCUAAUAACAGCCUAAAUUGGUUUUCUGGUCUCCUUAGAUAUUUCAGCUUGGCCAGGCUGGAAGACCUGCUAGACCAUCCUAAACCAGCCAAGACCAGCAAACCAGGCUGGUUAAGAUCAUUUUUUCAGCAGACAAAAAUUACAUGAUUUGGUGUUCUACAUCAAUUUUUUUAAGAAAAGAGAGAAAUGUUCAUGUCUGCCCAACCAUGUUAAGGAAGACUUGCAUCAAAGAGUGUAUCCAGUCAUUGCUUUAGAAGCAAGAAGCUCAUAAAUACAGGAAUUCUGUCUAUAAAUUGUAUUUUGAAGUGUGUUGUUUUGACAAUCCCCACCCUAAUGCCUUUGAUGCAUGCCUUCCUAUUCAGACGUUUUGUUGUUUCAUUCAGUCACCCUGUAAAACAAUUUUUAUGGUUCCAUGUUCAUUCGUUUUUUGUAGAAGGAAUGUUUCUGCUGUGUGUGUAUUUCACAGAAAUAUAAAAAUUUUAAAAAUAUUCUCAGGGAGAUAGCUGGUCUCUGUCUAACCAGCAUCCUCUGCCGACUACACACACACUUUCUCUUUGCACCAAAUAGGAGACCCGUACUGUUGAUCACUGUGUCCUGUAGCUAUAUUUAAAUAUAUAUAUUUUUUGUGUAUGUCCAUCACAAAGUGUUAAAGACCUUUACUCUUUCUGCUAAUGUACUAUUACAGGUUCUUUCAGCCUAAUUUAUAUAUGGCACAGAAUAUGACUAAAUGAGAGAAAAUGAAAUAAAAUAAAUAAAAACUAAAGAUGGAUUUUAUUCUUUAAGAAUGAA